GAUGCGACAACUGCAGAUUGCGAUCGAUGGUGGCAAGGAUUCACUUUCGAUGGCAGCGCGCGUGAACGGAGAGACGGUCGUCAGUCCCGGUACGCUCGUCGUUUCUACGUACGCACCCUGUCCGGACAUCACGGUCAAGGUGACACCCGACCUGAAGGCAGCGGGACAGCGACGCAAUACCACGUUGCUGUACGUGGCCGUGGAAGGUGCUCGAUUCCGGUUGGGUGGUUCGGUGCUGGCACAAUGUUACCGCAAGCUUGGCGGCGAAUGUCCCGAUAUCAGUGAUGCCGGAUGCUUGAAGAGUGCAUUCAACGUAACGCAGGAUGUGCUUCGGAAGGGUUGGCUUCUUUCCGGGCACGAUUGCAGUGAUGGUGGCCUGAUUACAACAGUACUGGAAAUGGCAUUUGCCGGUUUGACGGCAGUCGAUGUGAAUCUAGAGCAGCUGCUUCAUUCGGCCAGCUUCCCGAGUGUUCAUGGCGCCGUUCUACAGGUCCUGUUUGCUGAAGAGUGUGGCUGGGUACUGGAAGUGGCACCAGAACACGAGGCCGAAGUGUUAACCGCCUUCCGGAAGGCGUUGGUUCCUUGUUACACCAUCGGAACAGCGAUCGGUGCUGGAGCUGAUCUACAUUCGCGCAGCUCCGUCAUCCUACGCAAUGGCAACACCGUACUGCUGCAGGAAAGUCUGUUCACCCUUUUCAACUGUUGGGAAUCGAUUAGCUUCGAAAUCGAGAAGAUACAGAAAGCGAAAGCCGCCGCCAUUGAAGAAUACACUGGCAUCGAGCGUCGUACUGGGCCCCGUUAUGUGUCCAGCUUCAAUCCGGAUACGAUGUACGCUGAUCUAAAGCUGGCUGCCACUGGACCGCGAGUGGCAUUGAUUCGUGAGGAAGGCACCAAUGGAGACCGUGAAAUGGCGGCCGCCUUGUACGGUGCAGGCUUCGAGGUGCAUGAUGUAGCCAUGAACGAUCUGCUGAAGGGACGCACCACUCUCGAUCGUUACCGUGGAAUCGUGUUCCCUGGUGGUUUCAGUUACGCCGAUACACUUGGAUCCGCCAAGGGAUGGGCUGCCUGUAUUCAGUACAAUGGAACGAUUGCACCGCAGUUCGAACAGUUCCGCAAGCGACAGGACACAUUCUCUCUCGGUGUCUGCAACGGUUGUCAGCUGAUGGGCUUGAUUGGCUGGGUAGAGACGGAUGGUGCUGAUACCGGCAAGAAGCAGUCAGUGGCUGCCACCGAAACGGUUCCCGAGAUUGUGCUGGCUGGUAAUAGUUCGGAAAAGUAUGAAUGCCGCUGGGUAACGGUGAAGAUUGCUCCAAGCAAAUCCGUGAUGCUGCGGCGCCUGGCCGGCAGUGUUUUGGGAUGCUGGGUGGCCCACGCUGAAGGACGGUUCGUCUAUCGUAGCAGCGCGACAUUGGACCGGUUGGUGGCUAGCCAGUGCGUUGGAUUGCAGUAUGUCGAUGAUUUGGGCAACGCAACCGAAACGUACCCGAUGAACCCGAACGGUAGUCCGCUCGGUGUGGCCGGUAUCUGUUCGCCCGAUGGUCGCCAUUUGGCCAUGAUGCCGCAUCCGGAACGGUGCGUUCAGAUGUGGCAGUGGCCCUACGUUACGGCCGAUUUUCCGUACAAAAACUCCUCUCCCUGGAUGUCGAUGUUCCAAGAGGCUUACCUGUGGUGUCAGGAGGAAAAGUGAGAACCGUGCCUCUGCCGCGCCAAGCGCGCUCAUUCCCUUUUCGUUCAUUAUCUUAAAUCAUCCCACGGUUCUGCACGAAGGCGCCUUUAAAAUGUAAUUCAAGCGAAACGUUACUGUUUAUAUUCCACUAAUAAAGUUGAUCCAGCAGCUUUCAAGC